GACCGGAAACCCGGAAUCUUGAAAAACUAAGGACCGAAACCCGGACCGGUUAAUACCGGUCCGGUCCGGACCGGGUCAUUCCGGUCCGGUUCAGGUCUAAAAUACGGUCCGACCCGGUUAAUGCACAGCCCUAUUCUCGAGUACCGGAGUUAAGUGAUACUUACCUAGUUACCUUAGCUUCCGUCGCCUGAGAAGUUACUCCUCGUCAUCUUCUUUGCAAAAUGACUUCGUCACCAGGUUUCAUCUGCGAAGACCUUCAUCUAUUUUCUUCUUAUGGUUGUGGAAGUCGAUGUUAGCUAGGAUGACAUCGGAGGCCUUGAAAAUGUUAAGAGAGAGUUUCAAUAGAUUAUAUGUGUCAUCUCAAAGUGUGCUGAUCCAUGAUGCAUUUGAUUCCACCAUUUGAAAAAAAGUUCUGCUUAUCCAUAGAUGUAAAUUCACACACAUUGAGACUGGAUCUUAAAGAAGUUGGGUAUACCUAUGAUUAUGGUAAUGCUUACCACAUAAGUGCAUCCAUAGCUCGACUUACUUUAAUGAUCUCACACCCUCGCACACAUCCUGGUGCGUUCACGUUGCCUUUAAAAGUUGUAAAAGAUAAAACCAGUCCUGUUGAAAAAAUUGAAGGGGCCUUAAACCAUAAGGGUUGCAAGGGAGAAUUUUAAAGAAUCAGAAAAAACAAAGGAAGCCGGAAGAAAAAAACAACAGAAAUGAAAGGUUUGGAUUUGGGUGUCUUUACAAAAGUAAAGGGAAAUGAACUAACAAUGAAGAAGAGGUAAGAACAGAUUAGAUGACAUGUGUUCAAAUAUAUAAGUUGUUGAUGAUGUGGUGGGUGCAAAGUUGAAGGCCAGCCUUUUCUCUAACAAAAUUUAGAACCAAGAAAUGAGUCGACAUGAUAGUGACAAGGAUCUGUGUGAAAGGUUUUUUUAGAUGUGAUUCAGGACAAGGGCACCAGCUAUUAAAUGAAACUACUGAACCAAGAUUUUACAGCACCUAUCCAUACUAGAUGGUUCGAUGUCACUGUUUUCAUCUCUUCCCAGUCGCACUCUUCUUUCAGCGACUUGCCUAAACUGGCAGCCUUUUCUCUCAUUUUCUUCUUUUUCAUCACAUACGGAUCAAAAUCUUGUAACCUCGGCCGUGUCAAUUGUCAAGCAUCACCGCUCAAAGUCACGGUGGAGUCAACUCCGCGCUCUUCUAAACCCUACCACUGGCGUCACACCUUCCCAGGUAUCAGAGAUCAUACUUCAAAUCCGCAACAAGCCCCACCUUGCCCUUAGCUUCUUCCUCUUUACCGUCCACCACUCCCUGUGUUCCCAUUCCCUCUAUUCUUAUGCCACCAUCAUUCACGUGCUCUCUCGCUCUCGCCUCAAGUCCCAAGCAUCAGCCUUAAUAAAAUCUGCUCUCAACAAGUUUCCUGACGCACAUUCAUCAGACCCACCUCUUCUUUUUGAAGCGCUGGUCAGAACAUACAGACAGUGUGAUUCUGCUCCAUUUGUGUUUGAUUUGCUGAUCAUUGCUUGCUUGGAUUCAAGAAGAACUGAUCAAUCCAUUGAGAUUCUCAGAGCAUUAAAGUCCAAAAAUCUCUAUCCAAACGUCAGCACCUGCAAUUCUCUUGUCAAGUUGGUUUCCAAAACACACGGGUGCUACGCAGGUUAUGAUAUGUACAGAGAGAUAUUUCUUUGUGGGCAAGAAAAUGGGAAGGGGGUUAGACGUGUUACUCCUAAUUCAUCUACAUACAAUGUUAUAAUGCUUGGGUUUCAUAGAGAGGGGCUAGUGCAUAAGGUGGAGGAGGUUUGGAGGGAAAUGGUGAAUAUGAACUGUAAUCCAAAUGCAUAUAGUUACAGCGUGCUUAUGUCAGCAUUGAUUGAUGAUGGGAGGAUGGAGGGUGCGAUGAGAAUAUGGGAGGAGACAGGUGAAAAUGGUGUGAAGCAGGACCUAGUUUCUUACAACACUGUCAUUGGCGGGCUGUGUCGGGCUGGUGAGAUUGAGAGGGCUGAAGAAAUUUUCAGAGAGAUGGUGAUGAGUGGGUUGGAGAGCACAUGCACCACUCUUGAACAUUUAAUCAUAGGUCACUGUAAGAGGGAGAAUCUUGAUUCAGCUCUCCUCUUGUAUAAGGAUUUAUGUCGAAACUGUUUUAAGCCUGAGGUUAAAACAGUAAAUGCACUCGUUAGGGUAUUUUGCACUAAAGGUAGAGUCUCUGAGGCAAUGGAGCUUCUGAGAAGUUUGGUAAAGAAGCAUGGUAUUGUUCCGAUGGAGGAAACAUAUGAAGCUCUUAUAAUUGCUUUGUGUCAAGAAGGGAAGAUGGAAGAAGCUCUUGGAGUUCAGGUGGAGAUGGUGGGAAAAGGAUAUGAAGCUACUAAGGAAAUAUAUAGCUCUUUCAUUGAUGGAUUCUUGGAACAAGGGAAUAAUGAAAUGGCUGAAAGGUUGAGGAAGGAAAUGCUUGAUUGUUUGCAACUGGAAUCGCCAAAUGAAUGACAAAUACACUCUGUAUUAUUUGUAAGCUCUUUAGACACUACCAAGUGCAAAGAUGCGUGUAUUUAUCAACAUUCCUAUAAAGGCCUUCUGCCUUUUAGUGUCUUUGCUCCUUGGGGAGUGUCCAAGUUUGGGAAUUCUGAAUAGAUGAAGGUUUUGGUUUUGAAAUGUCCUACACUUUGGUGCUUCCUUGCUAAAGGAAUUUUGAGUUAAAAGAGUUCGAAUUUGUAAGCUAAGAAUUAUAUAAUGGACAUCAUGCUGCACCAAUCUUGAAAUUUGAUCUGUAUAUACUGCUCCGUAAAUUGAAAGGAAAUUUUAAUUUUUCUGUUUUGGAUA